UGGAGGAAGAAGCAUGCUGGGUGUCCCCAGAGGAGGGACUGGCAGGCAGAUACUCCUGGUCUUCAGCUUUAUGCUGGCAGCAGCUUGGGGCCAAAUGAAUUUCACAGGAGACCAGGUUCUUCGAGUUCUGGCCAAAGAUGAGGAGCAGCUUUCACUCCUCAGGGAUCUGGAGGUCCUGAAGCCCCAGAAGGUGGACUUCUGGCGUGGCCCAGCCAGACCCAUCCUCCCCGUGGAUAUGAGAAUUCCUUUCUCUGAACUGAAUGACAUCAAAGCUUAUCUGGAGUCUCAUGGCCUUGCUUACAGCGUCAUGAUAAAGGACAUCCAGGUGCUGCUGAACGAGGAGAGAGAAGCCAUGGCGAGAUCGCGCCGGCUGGAGCGCAGCACCAGUAGCUUCAGCUACUCCUCUUAUCACACGCUGGAGGAGAUCUAUAGCUGGAUUGAUAACUUCGUAGCCGAGAAUUCAAAUAUCGUCUCCAAAAUUCACAUUGGCAACAGUUUUGAAAAUCGGUCCAUUCUUGUUCUGAAGUUCAGCACUGGAGGUUCUCGGCGCCCUGCCAUCUGGAUUGACACUGGGAUUCACUCCAGGGAGUGGAUCACCCAUGCCACUGGCAUCUGGAUUGCCAAGAAGAUUGUCAUUGAAUUUGGCAAAAAUGGCCUCCUGACAAACAUACUGAAAGCCAUGGACAUCUUCAUAGAGCUUGUCACCAACCCUGAUGGGUUUGCUUUUUCUCAUAGCAUGAACCGCUUGUGGCGGAAGAACAAGUCCAGCAGACCUGGCAUCUUCUGCAUCGGCGUGGAUCUCAACAGGAACUGGAAGUCAGGCUUUGGAGGAAAUGGUUCUAACAGCAACCCCUGCUCAGAGACUUAUCAUGGGCCCUCACCACAGUCAGAGCCAGAGGUGGCCGCCAUUGUGAACUUUAUCACAAAACAUGGGAACUUCAAAGUUCUGAUCUCCAUCCACAGUUACUCUCAGAUGCUCAUGUACCCUUAUGGCCACUCUAUGGAGUCUGUUUCAAAUGAGAAGGAGCUGCACAGUCUUGCACAGGAUGCAGUGAAGGCCCUGUACCAGGUGCACGGGAUCCAGUACAUUUUUGGCAGCAUCAGCGCCACCCUCUACGUGGCCAGUGGGAUCACUGUGGACUGGGCCUACGACAAUGGCAUUAAGUAUGCCUUCAGUUUCGAGCUCCGGGACACAGGGCGCUAUGGUUUUCUGCUGCCAGCCACACAGAUCGUCCCCACAGCCCAGGAGACGUGGAUGGCAAUACUGACCAUCAUGAAGCAUGCCCUGCAUCACCCCUACUAGCAGCACUACUGGAGCCAGAGCAGGUGGGGUUCGCCCUCCUCCCCAAGGCCUG